GUGCAGUGGGGCCAGGGCUGGACAUGGCCCCUGGUCCCCAGCCUGCGUCCUGCCUGCGUGGCGGCCCCCUGGGCCUCACGUGUCUGUCUCUUCUGCUCAUCCCUGCUGCAGCUGGAACCUACUGUGAAUGCAGCCUUGGCCUCAGCCGGGAGGCCCUCAUCGCCCUCCUUGUGGUGCUGGCGGGCGUCAGUGCCAGCUGCUUCUGUGCCCUUGUCAUCGUGGCAGUUGGUGUCUUGCGGGCUAAGGGUGAAACAUGCCCGAGACUAGUGGACAACAGGUUGGUGGAGAAUUUUGGGGUCCAGGAAAAUCGCAUGGACCUGCACCCGGUAUAUGUGGAGUCCCAGCUAAUGGAUGCUGACCUGGAGGUCUCCAUGAUGCCACCACUAGAGGAUCAGAGCCUUGUGGCCAUUCCCAUGGAGGCUUCUCCAGAGGAGCCGCCGCCACCCCCGCCCCUACCACCUGAGUAGGGCUGAGGGCAGCUGGGGGAGGGGAAUUAAAGUGUAUUUAGUGGUUGUGCACUGUCCUCCCUGCAGGC